UUUGCAUACCGAUCAAUGUUCAGGUCAUCUGACGUUGUUUGACAGAUUGUAACAUGGAACAUCAACGGGAUACGAACAUUUUAAAAUGGCAUUAAAAAAAGCUCUAGAUUCAUUCGAUGCUGAUAUCAUCUGCGUCCAAGAGACUAAAGUUACUCGUAACUGCACGCGGGUUUUUGAAUGGGUUGAUAGGAGCUCCUUCUUUUAAUUUAAUAACUCUUUCAGUAUUGCAUAAUGCAUAACAUUUUUCCAGGUGACCUAUUGGAUGAAAAGACCGCGAUUGUUGAUGGCUACAAUUCACACUUCAGUUUUAGCCGAGGACGAAGUGGAUACUCCGGUAAACGGCACCAUAAAACAACCAACAAAUUAUAGGAGUUGGUACGAAUGGUUUCGCAGAAGAUUCAUGUCCAAUUAGUCCUAUGUUUUGCAUUUGAAAUGUCUCGUUUUGUGUUGCGACCUUCUGUAAAGAUACUGGUACUCCAUUCCUGGAUUGACAGGUCUGCUCACCAGUCAUGAAGGAGUAUUGGUUGCUAUGGUGACCAGUGGAGCAGACGGACCAGAGAAGCUGACUGUGAGUAAUGUAUACUGUCCCCAUGCUGAUCUGGACAAACUGGAGAGAAAACAGUACAAGCUUCAGUUUUACAGGCUCCUACAGGUCAGAGCUGAAGCCAUUUUGAGCUCAGGGAGUCAUGUGAUUGUCUUGGGGGAUGUGAACACUUCUCAUCAACCCAUAGACCACUGUGAACCAAAUGAUGUGGUGCCAGGCAGACCAACUACGGCACAUGUAUCGACUACAUCUUUUCCAACUGCUCUCUGGUCGAAACUGCUUUUAUUGGAGCGGACAUUAUGCGUGGAGGGAUCCAAUCACUGCCCUGUAUGGGCACAGCUCAUCUGUACCCUCCUGCCUAGUCCCAAGUGCCCACCCCUGUGCACGCGUCACAUGCCAGAAUUCACUGGCAGACAGCAGAAACUCUUACGGUUUUUUGUCAGAUUUUCUGAGAAACAGAACAUUUCCAAAGACUCUGAAGAGAGUCUUCCUGGAUCACAGGAUUGUGAGGAAAUCCGAGAAAACCUGAAUCCUCUAGUACAGGGAGAAAAUGUUGCGAAGAAGAGAUCCACAGAUAAAGAGGCGGAGACAACUGCGCACAAAGCCAAGAGAAGUACGCAGACAAAAACAGAAAGUAAACCUAAGGGCAGUCUUUUAGCCUUUUUUAAGCCUACACAAACACAACUGAACUUGAGCCUGAAACAAGUAGAAAGCUCUGAGCAUGGCAGAGGUACUGAGAGUUCAGGGUGUCAAAUCACCAAUACUGGACUGACUGAUGAAACAGACUGCAAUACUAUGCACCACAGUGGUAUGCAUAAGGAAAUGCAUCUCUCCUUGGGAGCAAAGACUGAAAAUCAGGAUGAAGUGGAAGAAGAAUCUACACCAGUACACAUGUCAAAGGACUGUAACAAAGGGCUGUCCUCUGGCUUUUGGAAAUUGGUCUUACAUGGACCUCCUCAGCCGCUGCCAUGCAAGUCACACAAUGAGCCCUGUGUCCUACGAACUGUAAAAUAGGCAGGGCCUAAUUUAGGCUGGCA